AUGAUCUCGUCAUCCGGCGGAAGGGCGGCCAGAUCGCCGACCAAAUUUCGUGGUGGUUCUGCGGAGUUGGCGUCGGGGAAUCCGGAACAGAGGAACUGGAAGGGCAUCUUCAUUUCCGUGUUCGUGAUCGCCGCCUUUUGCGGCUUGAUCCUGUUGGCCGUUAUGCUGGUGUCGCCCGACACGUUCAAAGACGGCGACACGACGCGUGCCAUCCCGCUCGACGACCUUCUGUCGACUCGCCAGUUUCACCCGCGACGCUUCAACGGCACUUGGAUCUCAGAUUUUGAAUUUGUUUAUGUGUCCGAGGCCGGCGGGGUUCAUCUGUUCAAUGCGGAUAACCAGUCCUUCAGCGAGAUUUUGGAUGCUUCGACUGUGGUGAGUGUUUUCUCUUGA